AUGUCAACCCGACGCGACUUUCUGAGCCAGCCGGCUCCGGAAAACUACGUCGCUGGUCUGGGUCGAGGUGCCACCGGUUUCACAACCCGAUCCGAUCUUGGCCCUGCUCGUGAUGGCCCCAGCGAAGACCAGAUCAAAGAGGCGAUUGCGAAGCGCGCUGCCCAGCUUGGACUCGUGCCCGAAGGCAAAAAGGGCAAGGAUAAGGAGGAGGAGGAAGACGACGAAAGGUACCAGGACCCGGACAACGAGGUUGGACUUUUCGCGGGCGGAGUCUACGACAAGGACGAUGAGGAGGCGGACAAGAUCUGGGAGUGGGUAGAUGAGCGAAUGGACCGACGGAGACGGCAGAGAGAGGCUCGUGAAAAUGCUGAGCGAGAUGAAUACGAACGGAACAACCCCAAGAUCCAGCAACAGUUUUCAGAUCUGAAGCGCGCCCUUGCUUCGGUCUCGGAUGACGACUGGGCGAAUUUGCCAGAGGUGGGAGAUUUGACGGGCAAGAACCGACGGAGCAAGCAGGCUCUGCGGCAGCGCUUCUACGCGGUGCCAGACAGCGUGCUCGCGGCAGCAGGGUCCUCGGGCGAGAUGGGCACAACAGUCAUGGAUGACGGGGCAGCAUCGUCAAACACAACGGAUGCAUCUGACGGCACCAUGACCAACUUUGCCAAGAUUGGUGCUGCCCGCGACAGAGUACUGAAGUCGAGGCUGGAACAGGCCUCGCAAACUGCUGGCGGCGACUCGGUCGUUGGAACUUCAAGUAGCAUCGAUGCGCAGGGAUACAUUACGAGCUUGAACAAGAUGCAGAUGAACGAAUCUCAGGCACAGGUCGGCGACAUCAAUCGAGUGCGGGAGCUGCUUCAGUCUGUGGUAAAGACAAACCCAAAUAAUGCUCUGGGCUGGAUAGCGGCCGCCCGAUUGGAGGAGUUGGCAGGCAAGCUUGUGGCUGCGCGGAAAACGAUCGACCAGGGAUGUACUAGAUGUCCCAAGAGCGAAGAUGCGUGGCUGGAAAAUAUUCGACUUAAUCACGACUCACCAAAUACCAAGAUUAUUGCACGCCGAGCUAUAGAGGCCAACAACCGUUCGGUUAGGCUCUGGGUGGAGGCGAUGAGGCUGGAAACUAUACCAAGCAACAAGAAACGAGUCAUCAGACAGGCGCUGGACCAUAUCCCAGAAUCAGAGGCGCUUUGGAAGGAGGCGGUGAACUUGGAAGACGACCCUGAAGACGCGAAGCUCAUGUUGGCAAAGGCUACAGAGCUCAUCCCGCUUUCAGUAGACUUGUGGCUUGCGCUGGCACGACUCGAAUCCCCCGAAAAUGCCCAAAAGGUUCUGAACAAGGCACGAAAGGCCGUCCCAACUUCUCAUGAGAUUUGGAUUGCGGCCGCUCGUUUACAAGAACAGCUAGGCCAGGGACAGAAGAUUCCCGUUCUGAAACGAGCUGUCCAGGUUCUGGCUAAAGAAUCGGCCAUGCCAAAACGUGAAGAGUGGAUUGGAGAGGCGGAGAAGUGUGAGGAAGAAGGUGCCAUCAUCACCUGCCAGAACAUUAUCCAGGAAACUCUGGGCUGGGGCUUGGAUGAGGACGAUGACCGUAAAGACACAUGGGCGGAGGAUGCCAGGUCAAGUAUCAAUAGAGGUAGAUACGAGACGGCGAGGGCCAUCUACGCCUACGCUCUGCGCGUCUUUGUCAAUAGCCGGACGAUGUGGAUGGCUGCAGCAGACCUUGAGCGGAAUCACGGAACGCGCGAGUCUCUGUGGCAGGUCCUGGAGAAGGCGGUCGAAGCCUGUCCUAAGAGCGAGGAUCUGUGGAUGAUGCUGGCCAAGGAGAAGUGGCAAUCGGGAGAUGUGGACAAUGCGAGAUUGGUGCUCAAGCGAGCAUUUAACCAGAACCCCAACAACGAAGACAUUUGGCUGGCUGCCGUCAAGCUGGAGUCUGAGAAUGGCAACGAAGACCAGGCUCGGAAACUACUGGCGAUUGCAAGAGAACAGGCCCCUACUGAUCGUGUUUGGAUGAAGAGCGUUGUCUUUGAGCGGGUCUUGGGCAAUGUUGAGACGGCGCUGGACCUGGAUUUACAGGCAUUACAACUCUUCCCCGCUGCAGCCAAACUAUGGAUGCUAAAGGGCCAAAUAUAUGAAGAUCUUGGCAAGACGGGCCAGGCUCGUGAGGCGUACGCCGCAGGGGUCAAGGCUGUUCCCAGGUCCGUGCCUCUGUGGCUGCUUUACUCUCGUCUGGAAGAAAAGGCCGGUCUUACUGUCAAGGCCCGUUCGGUGCUUGACCGAGCGCGUCUGGCCGUACCCAAGAAUGGAGAGCUCUGGUGCGAGUCCGUUCGCCUCGAGCGUCGUGCUGGCAACCUCUCUCAAGCCAAGUCGCUCAUGGCCAAGGCGCUCCAAGAAGUUCCCAAGUGCGGCAUCCUCUGGGUCGAGCAAAUCUGGAACCUUGAGCCUCGCACGCAGCGAAAGCCCCGCAGCCUGGAGGCCAUCAAGAAGGUGGACAACGACCCGAUCCUCUUUGUGGCCGUCGCGCGCAUCUUCUGGGGUGACCGUAAGCUGGAGAAGGCGCAGAGCUGGUUCGAGAAGGCGCUUGUGCUGGACGCGGACCAGGGCGACAGCUGGGCGUGGUAUUAUCGGUUCUUGGUGCAGCAUGGCACGGAUGAGAAGAGGGCGGAUAUGGUGACCAAGUGUGUGCUCAACGAGCCGAGGCAUGGCGAGGUGUGGCAGGCUGUGGCGAAGGAUCCGAAGAAUGCGAAGAAGAGCGUGGAGGAGAUUUUGAAGCUUGUUGCGGCGGAGCUAGAGCAGUGA